GCGGCACUCAGUUCUCGCCUGCCAGAGACCAGCCAGCAUCUGCAUCAGCCUUUCGCAAUGGCCACCAUGUCCUACAGCCGCGUGUCCAUGUCCUCAGGGAGCUCCAUGGGCGGGGGGAUGUCCAUGGGUGGUGGAGCAUCCAUGGGCUCCUCGGGCCUCUCCAUGUCCGGGGGCAGCGCCCGCAUGAGCGUCAUGAGGGCCGGAAGCGUAUACGGGGGUGCAGGCGGCGCUGGGGUCCGCAUCUCUGGCUCCUCGCGCAUGCUGUCCAUGGGUGGCGGCGGCGGUGGCGGCUACGGCUUCUCCUCCGGCGGCGGCGGAGGAUACGGCAUGUCGUUUGCCUCACAGGGGGGCGUCAUUGGCAAUGAGAAGUUCUGCAUGCAGAACCUCAAUGACCGUUUGGCCUCCUACCUGGUGAAGGUGCAGACCCUGGAGAGGGCCAACGCAGAGUUUGAGAUGAAGAUCAGGCAGUUCCUGGAGAAGAAGACCACUCCUGCAGCUCACGACUUCAAAGGCCACUUUGCAGUCAUCGGGGAUCUCAGAGCUAAGAUCCAGGGAGCUCUUCUGACUAAAGGAAGUGUGCAUCUCAACAUUGACAACGCAACUCUGGCAGUGGAUGACUUCAGAGUCAAGUAUGAAGCUGAGCUGAACAUGCGCCAGUCAGUGGAGGCAGACAUCGUGGGUCUGAGGAGAGUGCUGGAUGACCUGACCAUGGCCAAGAACGACAUGGCCAUGCAGAUCACCGGUCUGCAGGACGAACUGGCUUACAUCAACAAGACCCACCAGGAGGAUCUGGUAGGCGCACGUGCCCAGAUGACUGGCCAAGUCCACGUGGAGGUGGACGCCGCGCCUCAGGAGGACCUGACCAGGGUCAUGGCCGAGAUCCGGGAACACUACGAAGGAGUCGCCGCCAAGAACAGGAAAGAUCUGGAAGUGUGGUUCCAGGCAAAGACAGAGACCCUGAAAAAAGAGGUGGUGACACACACAGAAGUCCUGCAGACGUCGAGAACAGAGAUCACCACCACCAAAUCCACACUCCAGUCCCUAGAGAUCGAGCUGCAGGGACUACUCAGCAUGAAAGGAACCAUGGAGGCCACGCUGGCAGAGACACAGAGCCGGUACGCUGGCAUCAUGGUCGGGUACCAAGCGCAGGUCAGCAGCCUAGAGGCCCAGCUCUCCCAGCUGCGCGCGGACCUGGAGAACCAGAGUUACGAGUACAAGAUGCUCCUGGACAUCAAGACCAGGCUGGAGAUGGAGAUCGCAGAGUACAAGCGACUGCUGGACGGCGGAGUCAGUGUAUCAGCAGUGUCAUCCUCAUCCUCCUCCUCGUCUACCAAGUAUACCACUGUUGUGGAGGAGGUGGUGGACGGCAGGGUGGUGUCAUCCUCAUCUUCAUCAUCACUUCGGAGAUUCUGAUGAAGCAACACUUCCUGCAAUGAGGCUGAAAAGGAAACCACUGUUUAGCUCCUGAAUGACAUAAUAAAGUUAACAAAACUCCACACCAGUAAA